UAUCUAUGCCCACACUCCUGCCAAAUCCGCGGGCACUCCCCAAAAACGAAACUAAAACAAUCCUCUAUCCCUAUGGUUUCGUUUUCUAAUAAGAGCCUCUGACAACAGUGAAAUACAGUCUGCGACAGGAAUUGUUGCUAAUGGAGUCUGACCAUGGAUGAGGAGGUUGACCCUGACUGUGAAAAAGUGAACUCCGUCUUGGAUCAGGAAUCCUUAGAACUGUUCCACGUUCUUUGCUGUCAGACACCACCAGUCAUAAUGAGGCUUUGGAACAUGAUGCCAACUGAAACUGGGUGGCAAAACCAACAUUCAUCCACCAGCUCUGCUGCAGCAUCAGUAGAAGACCGCAUUAAAGCCAUGUUGGAAUACUUCAGGGAGGCCAGUACCGUUGAGUGUCGCAACUUCCUUUUGAGUGUUUGUAUGCAGUGUGAAAACAUCCCCAUGCGUCUGGAGUCCAGGCUCAUGUCAGUGGCUGGAUAUGCUUCCACUGAUGCUGUACAGAAUCCAGCUUCGGCUUCUAUGUCUCUUACAAACACAGGUGGCAGUUUUGAUUCUGCUACGAAUGAGAGUGAUCAGAAGUCAUCCACCCCACCUUUUGAGGAGCAGCUUAUCAAACGCCCACGGAUUGAUCACUGGGAGCAAUAUGUCUCCGAGGUGAUGAGUUUAUUGCAGAGGAGGUGGGGGAGACUGACAGAGUGCCUGGUGAAAGAAGUGCAACUGGAGAAAGUGUGGGUCGGUCCAAGAACUGCAAACAAACAUAAGGACAGACCCGAUCAGACCCCUAACUCAGCAGACCGAGGAAGCAGAACACCAGAGCCUGAUGGGGAUUAUGGGUAUUUGGAAUCCAAAGUGACUUUGGAGACAUUCCUCCAGGCAUGCACAGGAAAAGUGACGGUUCUCGUUGGCCAGGCCGGAUCAGGAAAAACUCUACUAAUGUCAUGUUUAGGACAACAGUGGACAAAUGGAUUAGGCCCUAUCCCGUCUUCCUACCUGUUUGUCCUGUUAGAGUUUCGUCAGCUCAACGUGGUCUCCUGCCCUCUUUCCCUGUCUGACCUGCUGUUCCAACACUACCUCCCUCCAAAUGCAAACAAUGAUGCAAAGCAAGCCAUUGUGGACUACCUUCUUUCCAAUCCAGAGCAAAGCUGUUGGGUGCUGGAUGGCUAUGAUGAGUUUCACUGGAAACUUGAUAAAAAAAAAAUGCAGAGUGAGCCACUGGACUUUAAAGAACCUCUGCCUGUGGCAGAACUCAUCUCAGGGUUGUUGAAUCGUCAGCUUCUUGCAGGAAGCACCAUACUGGUCACCUGUCGUGUACGUGAUCUUAUAGAUUUUGACGGCUUGUCAGACAAAGUGGGGGAGCUGCUGGGAUGGGACCAACAUAUGAUCAAGGAGUAUGUGAGCAGUUUUUUUGGUGAAAAAGACAGAAGUCUUGGUAUGCAGGCAACAGAUCUACUUCUUUCCAGUCGACACCUCCUUGUCAUGUCUUCCCUCCCUGCACUCUGCAACAUCUGCUGCAUCUGUCUAGAGCAUUUACUGCUGGAAGGCAGCGAUGCACAACACACGCAGCUGCUGGAAGAAGAAGGAAGUAAGGCAGUAAAAAUUAAGUUACACCAAGAAAAAGGGGGAGGAAGAGGGGGAGAUAGAAGCAGAAGAGAGAGUCAUCCACAAAGAGGAGAACAAAGUGGAAAAAGGGAAGGAAAUAAAGAUAUACUAAUGUUUUCUCCCACAUCAGCAGGGGUUCCCACCACCCUCACCCAAGUCUACCUCAGUGUUAUUUCUGCAUUUCUCAGUCGUUACCCUAACCAAGGAGAGAGAUAUGAAAGGCCAAAGACAUCAACAUUCUCCCAGAGUUCUGUGUGUGCGCUUGCCUCUCUGAGUCAGUAUCGAUCUGAGCUGUAUGAGCUGGCUCGGCUGGCAUGGGGAGGCUUAGAGACAAACAAGAUCCUUUUUGUUGAAGAAGAUGUUCCAAAGCAUGUUUUAGAGUUAUCAGUCAAAACAGGGCUCCUCUCACAGGUGGAACUCAGAUGUCAUGAUGGGACACUUGUCAGUGCCUACUGCUUUAUUCAUUUGACGGUGCAGGAGUUUUUAGCUGCCCUUAGAAUUAUGACAUGUAAUGACAUUAGUGAUGCACAGCUCAAGAAGAGAUUCAGUCUGAAAACUCGCUGGACAACCAAAUCAGACCAGAAGACAGUGUUUACUGAUUCCCUGUACCUGUAUGUGUGUGGUCUGUCUUCUCCACACUGCACUGAAGCCCUGGUUGAAGUAGCCAGGGCUUCUGGUAUAAAAGGCAUCCAGAGUUGGGUCAAGAAACGACAAGCCCUUGUUCUUAAUUUAUUGAAAGCCCUGUGUCAGAACAACAAUCUGACUGGACCAAAGAUAUUGCAACUUUGCCGCUGUGUCCAGGAGAGCCAGGACCACCAACUGGCAAAGCUGGUCAUGACUGUGAGACCCACUCUGGAGCUGCGCAACUUCUGGCUAUCACCUAAUGAUAUUGAUGCUCUAGCUUUUGUAGUUAACUCAGUGGGUGAUGAUGGCAUUGGACUGGACUUUAGAGCAUGCUCAAUGGAGCUGGAGUGUUUAGAUGCCCUUUCUAGGUGUCAGUACAUUCACUACCUCAGUUUCCGCAGUCGCAAGUAUGGUGACAAGUUUGCAGAGAAGUUGUCCUCUAUUUUGCCUGAAUUCAAACUCCUGAGAAAACUCGAGUUUUGUGGUGCCAGUCUGACUGCAACAGGGGCAGCAAGUUUGACAUCCGGUCUACAGAACUGUCCCCACAUCACUGACAUCAAUCUUAGUGACAACAAUCUGCAAGAUGAAGGAAUCAGACACAUAACUCAGAUUUUUACCAAACUGCAGAGCCUGGUCUCUGUAACGCUGGGACGAAACAACACUUCCCUUAAAGCAGUGGAAUAUCUCGUUCAGGAAAUGUCUUCAUGUUUGAACAUCCAACACAUUCAUGCAGAUGGGAUGAAAGAAGUAAGAGUAACUUUCUUUGAGAAAUCGGAUGUAAACGGUCAUAAAACAAAGCUUGAACCAACAGUCAGCUUGUUGAAUCAGAAAUGGAGCAAGGAUGACAUGACAAACCUUGCCAAGUCACUGACUAGACUUCCUGCCCUGUCUGUACUAGAUCUGUCUGGAGGUCAGUGGGAUGAGGAGAUUCUAAGGACAUUGGCAGAGUUUGUGCCAAAGUUCCGCAUCAGUGAAAGGAUCAUCUUGAAUGACAGUUGCUCAUCAGUGGUGUGUGUGGUGGCUCUGACUACUCUGCUGUCUGUCUGUCCUGUGAUGGAGCUGCAUAUCGGACUGCAGAAUCUGGUUCAAAUAUCUAUAAUUUUCAAUGGAAAGUCAGAAAAACCUGUUAGUGAAAUGUCCAAAAAACUCUGUCUUAGCUGCUGUAAUCUGCUACCAGCUGACUUCGAGAGAGUGUGGAAAAGUUUGGGAACCUCUUCUGGUCUCACUGAGCUGGACUUGUCCCAUAACCAUUUGGGCAACAAAGGUCUAAAGAAGCUGUUGGAUGUCCUGCCUCGUCUAAGCGAAAUUCAGGAAAUAAAUGCCAGUAACAAUGACAUCAGCAUGAAUGGAGUGGUCAUGCUGGCAGGUGCUUUAUGCUCUCGUAACACCUUGAAACACAUUUACAUCAGCAAUGGAGGCAAAGAGCAGGUGAUUCUAAAGUUCAGUCCUAAUCAAAGUAAUGGCAAAGAACAGAUGAAGAUGUUCAGGAUAAACAACAGCAACCUCCUACCAUCUAAUAUAACCGAUGUAUGCCGAAGACUGGUCCCAUGUCGCUUCCAUUUGGAGUUAGAGUUGCUUCACUGCUCAUUUGCUGACAGAGCCAUUGACAAUCUGCUCAAAGUGUUGCCAACAAUGUCUUCACUGCAGAGACUCAAUGUCAGCAACAGCAUUACAUCCACAACCGAGGCACUGACACUGAUCAACUGUUUGAUCAACAAUCAGCGCAUCACAUCAGUAGAGCUCAGUCCACAGAGCGAAUCCCUCAUCUGUUUCGACAGAGUGAAAGCAAAACAAGUGAGCUGCAGGUUAGCAUAUUUUUGCUUUAAAGAAGAAAACAUUGCGUUAAUGGAGAGACUGCUUAAGAACCUGCAGCUGAGCCAACAACUGUCUUAUCUUGAUCUUUCAAAUAACCAACUGGAAGAUGAAGACGUUAAGAUUUUGGUGGACUCUCUACCAAGGCUUAAAAUCAGCAGCUUUGUCAAUCUCAGUAACAACAAACUGGCCCAGCAGGGGGUGUUGGAUGUGGCCAGCACACUGUGUACCUGCAGUAAUGUUUCUGAUGUGGAUGUGAGUUUGGGAGAAGACAGACGGUGUCUUAUCUGGUUCAGCGACAAAGGAUGUGGAAAAACAUUGAGUGUCAGAGAAAGCAACUUGGCAUGUGACCACCUAGUCAGAUUAGCAGAAAUUGUGUCCAACUGUCCCAGUUUGACUAAACUUGAACUAAAGAACAAUAAGCUGCAGUCAGAGUGGAUUGAAGAUUUUGUGAAACUGUUAAACAGCAGUCAGAGAGUAUACACUGUGAGCUUUUUCAUUAGUGUGGAGGAGCAUUGGAUCAGAGCUAAGGAAGCUGUGAGUUUACUGUGUCGCUGCCUGGAGCUCAGCAACAAUAUUCAAACUAUCAGGAUUCACCACACCACACUUCACCUGUCUCUGAUGAACGUCACUCAACUGACCACAAUCAGUGGGGAGGCUACACUUCCAGCACAAUCAAUCGUCACAAAUAUUGGUUUUGUAGAUUGUGCUGUUGAUGGGUACCAGCUUGCAUCAAUGUGGAGCAUCAUCCAACAGUGUCAUUUACUAACAGAGCUGGAUUUUUCCUACAACUCUCUGGAUACAGAAGGAACCAAUUUCCUUUGUUCCCUUUUGCCCUUGUUGCCAAGUCUCACCUCUCUCAGUAUUGCAAUCAAAGAGAGUACUGUCUCUGUAGCUGAGGAGUUCUCACAAGCCCUCCGGCAGUAUAUAUCCAUUCAGCACCUGAAUCUGUCAGGUCAUGUGAUUAGUGACACAGCAGCUCAAAACAUGACCACAUUCUUACCUCGCCUUCGAUCACUCAAUCUGUCCCGUUGUGUAUGGUCAGCAGCUGGAGGGAUGCAGCUAAUGGAAACUCUGGAACAGUGCAUCAGUUUGGAAGACCUUUGUCUGGACUAUGUGCAGCUGAAUGAGAAGAGCCUAUUGUGUCUGGCACAAGCACUUAGGAAGAUCAACUCUUUACAAAGUCUCAAGUUGGACGGCUGGCGGAUGGCUUGUAGUGGGAUAGAGCAGUUGACCAAAUUUCUUCCUGUCUGGAAAGAGCUCAGGGUGAUCAGUCUCUCAAAAAACCUGGUGAGUGACCAAUCAGGAGAAAAGCUGCUUGAAGCUUUAAGCAGCUGUAGUCACCUACAGGAGCUCUAUCUGUCCAGCAACAGUUUAGGUGACCUCACAGCUGCCAGGAUGGCCCUUGUUCUACCAUCUCUGACCCACCUCACUGUGUUAGAUAUUUCAGAAAACCAGAUUGGAACUGACGGCUCAGCAAAACUGUCUGAAGCAAUAAAGAACUUGAAGAAUCUCAACAAGAUUAAUCUGACAUCCGUUGGGACUUCAGACCUUAGCGCUGUUGCUGCCAGUUUGGUCCACUGUCCUGUCAUACAGGAUGUGAGUUUGGGUUGGAAUAACUGUGGUGAUGACGUGGUGUUGGAGCUGGCCAGAGUUCUGCCUUUCUGCCACAAGAUGACCCGCAUAGACCUGGAGAGCAACAGUGUGAGUGUUUGUGGAGUUGAGGCCCUUGUUGGCGCAUUAAGGUCGUCCCCUGCUCUGCAGAUCAUCAGGUUGUGGAGGAACAAAGUGUCUUCAAAUGAGGCCCAUAGGUUUAGUCUGACAGAGAGACGGCUAAAUUUCUCAUCCACCUAAAAUGACUUGUACUACUGAGCAGUCUUGUGACAACUGCAUUUACCAGCAUCUGUGGAGGUGAAGCUGAAGCUCAACAGAAUAACGUAGUUUUUGUCACAAACAGAUAAAACCAGAUUCCUCUGCUAAACAACCGUCAGAGAGUGACGUUUUCGUCCAUUUUGGAAUUUCUUUUUGCCUUGUUUCUGAUUUUAAGAGAUUUCCAACUGAACAUUGUUUUGAAGCUCUUGCGUACAGUUAAAUAGAUUUUUAGGGAACAAGACCAGAUAUUUAUUAGAGUAUUUAAAGCAGUACUACUGGUCCUUUGCAUAUUUUCAUACUUUGGCGCCUAAUGAAGGCCAAUUCGGCAUCUGUCUUGCACCCCGUCUCUUCUCUGAGCUCUCUCCAUCCAGUAAAAGUCAGCUAUUGUGAGCGUUGAAAACUGUGUUGAAAUACAGUUGCUGGCUUGUGAAACAUUGAUGGAAAGCAAAACACAGCUGUCACGUGACAACUGCUGGACUCGGGAUGCUGCGGGACAAUGAUGGCUCCAGGAAUGUAGAUACUAAAUGCUGGUAUGCCAUCAAAAUUAGUCAGAAGUGUUGCGGUGAUGCUUUUUAAAGAAUGAGCCUAGGAAAACUGGUGUAAUCGUAUUCAAUACUGUGGCUGUCCCUUCACCCUGGCGCUAAAUUCAUUCUGUCUUCCACAACAGGUGUGGUGAUUAAUAAGUUGGCGCAUUAGAGAUAUUACAUCUGCUGCAUAGAAUUUUAUGUAAUGUAUUACAACAUUGACAGUCUUCCUUCACCACCUAUUACUCUAUGAUAUCAGUAAAAAAAAGCUAAGAUGAAGAUGGUUAAAAAAAUCAGGAAGUAUAGUAUUAAACCAGGGUAGUUCACAGAAGUAAACACACAGCUCAUAGGAAGACGAUAAAGCAAGCUGAUCAUUUUAAAUCAGCACCAGCUCUACAUGCUGCUCAUGCCACAAACUCAAACUGCUGAGAGACUAGAAACCACUUUGACUUUUUGUCAGGUUGCCGCACAGAAAAUAAUUCUUUGUAGUACUUAUGCAGCUUGUUAUAAAGUGAGUUACUUUAUACUUUGGUAUGUUUACAAAAGUUAGAGGCCACAUAAGUGAAAAGACAAUUAAUCAUGAACUCGCAGUAAAAAGAGUUAGCGACUCUACUCAUAUUCGGUUGUGGUCUCUAUUGUAAUUCCACACUUAUUUCUGCUUUUUGUAAUGGGAUAAAAGUAUAAAUUAUAUAUUUUUUAAAAUAUUUAUGUUCAAACUAUGUUUAAAUUUUAUCUAAAUACAGUUGUGACUUUUUUAGGUUUCUUUGUUGAUAUUAAUGCUCCACUUACACACCUUAUUGUAACCUGUUCAUUAUUGUUUCUAGUCUCCUCAUUAUUACUGAAAUGAAAACAAGAUUUUCUUGUAUUGUUUUAUUUGUGUCAAGCAACUUAACUAUUAAAGUUUAGUUUUAUUUAGUUUUUUUAGUUUUUUGUCUAGCUGGAGAUUUGAUAUUUUUGGAGAUUUUCUUCUGACACUGUGUGUAAUCUGAACAUUCAGCAGUUGAAAUUCAUUAAAACACUCAGGUUUUUGUCUUUA